AUGCAGCACCGCCGCAUGCAGGAGUCUGCAACACUGAUGAUGGUUGUGGGGGGUCAGUGGAGCAGGAAACGAGAGGGGGAUGCUGAGGAGAACGGGGCGGAGAGGAGGAUGGAUUGGGGAUCUGCACAUGGGCUGACCCAGGAGGUUGCAUUCCCCUUUAAAAGUCCCAUCCCACACAGAUACGCAGAGCUCAUGCAGGAUCUGCUGCGGCAGUGGGGAACACUGCUGAGCUGUGCAGUUUGUGCUGCCAGCAAGCCUGCACUGUAG